GUGAUUAUAGAUGCUGUGCUGAUGAUUUGUUACUUGAACUAACUGAUUGGAGUUCUAUCUUUUUCUGAGCUUAUAGGCAGCCUUGAUUGUGGCUCCUCGUAUUUGUGCAUCAUAAAUUAGGUCAACAACCACUGGCGGAUUUCCUGCAUUUCUGGCAUUCUCAACAUGCCGGUGCGAAAAGAAGAUGCCCACCGAGCGCUGGAGCUCCUGGAGGAUUACCACACACGACUCACCAAACCCCAGGACCGGCCGCUCAAGACUGCCAUCGAGAGAGUCAUUCGGAUCUUUAAGAGUCGCCUCUUCCAGGCCCUGCUACGCCCCGCACGCACAGAGGAAGAGCUCCCUCCCCCGCCCCCCGAGUUGUCCAGCUCACGGUCUGUGUCGUCACCUGUACCUGAGGAGAAGUCUCCGACAGUCACCGUGCACAGUGUGAGCAGGGCGGGCCUGGACAAGAAACUACCCGCACCGGUGGUUGUCU